GCGGUGGCGGACGGCCCGACCGAGGCGGAUAAAGAAAAACCGAAACCAGUCCCGCGCCGAUCUCACUCGUCGUAGUCCGCGCGUGCGUCACCGUAAACGCGUCCGCCGCUAUCCGCCGCCUUGACGUCUUUUGAAAAAACAAAUAACGUUUCGCUCGAACUUUUUAGCCGUUCGCCAAGACUCCGGGACGCCGGUUUUCCCCCGAACGUUGUCCGGUAGGCCGUCGACGGUAUUCUUUCUUUAAAUUUUCCGCCCCGCGCCAUGUAUUCCGACAAAGUGGAAGUGCUCCGGUUCGAGACGGAACCGUACAGGAACAAAAACGGCAGCCCGAACAAGAGCGGACUGUUGCACUACAACAACAACAGUAUCAGCAACAACAAGAACCACCACAACAGCCCGAAAAAUUUCAUCUACCAGAACGGCUAUCACAACACGUUGAUCGAGUCGGAGAAAAGGUCGUCGUCGUCGUCGUCGUCGUCGUCGCCGUCGUUCGCUACCUCCGCGACCACAGCCAUCUCAGCCGCAGCCGUCGCUGCAGCAGCUCUCCAUCAUAACGUUCAGCCACCGUCGGACCCGUUCAUAGCGUCCGUGCUCCAUUCCAGGCAGAAUCCGCGGCCCGGCCGUUUGCUCUUGGAAAACGUCAACAAUCGGCCGCAGACCAUGGACCGAGGCACGCAGGCGAACACAGACGAACCGACCGUCGAGGUGAUCACAGAAGCCCCGACCACCAGCGAUGGUCCUACAAACAACGAAUUGUUCCGUAAGGCCAACAUUAGCGUUACAAAUCAUACAUUGAUGACCAACGGUGGUGACAAUUCUUCGGUCGAUAGUCUGAAUAGUGCAGAUUCUGCAAAACGUGACAGUGAAGAAUCAGUGAUUGAACUUAAUGAGCUUAAUCAGCCAAUGAUAGGCAAGGACGAUUCUGAUGGACCUGUCAACAUGAGUAAUGGUGAUGGAAAAUCUGGUGGGGCUGGAGGCAAACCUUCCAACGGUAUUGUUAAGGAACACCCAGUUGAUGAUGAUAUUGACAAAACUAGUUGUGGCAUGGAGUGUUUAUACUUUACCAUGCAAUGCUGCGAAUGUUCAAUAAUGUAAUGAAGUUAUUUCAUCCCUUACAGUUUAUUAUUGUUAGUUAUAAUUAAGUAACUAUAAUUUUUACAUAACAAUGCAAUCAUUAAAUUAAAAAUACAAUAAAUUACACUUAUAUCUUCUAUUAAAUCUGUGAUUAUUAUAGGACCUGAUUUAAUUAAUUAGUGUAAUAAAAUGGUUCUAUUAUUUUAAAGUAAAAAGUAUAUUUUGAAAAAUGUAAUAUUUAAAUUACUAUAACUAAUAAUAAUAUUGUGUUUUAGUUCUAUCCUGUAGAAUUUUCUAUUGGAAAACCCAUAAUUAUAUUCAACAACAAUCAUUGAUAAUUUGAUAUUACCUACAUAAUUGCUUUAGAUUAUUAAUUAUUAUCAUGCAGAAACUCCUCAUCUUUAGAAGUAUAAUAUAUCAUAAAUUAACAAUUGUGCCAUUUUUUUUUUUUUUUUGUACUUUAUUACAAGUCAUUAUAUCUUCCUAUUUGUUCAUGUAGAAAAUACUGUCCACCGUGUAUAUAAUUAAAGAGUUUCAGUGUGAUACACAUAUCAGUUUUAUUUUGCUCCUACUUGUGGAACUUACAUAAAAUACAUUAUCGCCACAAUUUAUAACCUUUAGGUAUAUCGGUAUAUGCUUCUGUUUAUUCUAAUAUGAUAUUAUGUGCUCCGUUUUUAUUUAUUAUACCUUAAAAAUGUAUAAUAGUAUAAAACAUAUUUGUAUUCAGACAAUAUUUUAAUAUUUAUAUGAGUACUGCUCAUGUACAUUGGAGGUUUAAAAUUUGUUAAUACUAUUAUAAAUCAAUUUUGUAAACAAUUUGGACUGAAUUGUGAUAAUAUGUUGAAUGUCCAAAUAAUGCUUACCUUAAAACUGUGUACAUAUGAAAGGUUUUUUUUUGUAUUAUGUUUAACCUUAUAUUUUUAUAUUCUGUAUAUUUUUUUUUUUUUUAGAGUUUAUCAUUAUAAUUUUCUAUUUUGUAAGCAAGAGGUAUGAAUUCAAGAAUCUCUUCUUCUAUUUUUAUUUUUUAAUAUAAGUAUUAUUACAACUUACUGCUUUGUAUCAAUUUAUUGAAAUAUAUAAGACUAUGGUGUAACAUUUAAA